UUCCCUGCAAGGCUGCUCCCGCCUCCCCCUGGAAAAAGCCAGUCUGCGGGCUGAUGGUUGUGACGUUCUGAGCGACGAUUGGCCAUUUUAAGUGUCUGGAAGAGAAUCUCUCAAGUCCCGGUCAAAACCCCUCCCACGACGUUACUACUGACUAUAUAACAACUGUUCAUGUGAACACUCGCUGGUGUAAAAGGUUCCAUCUUGGCUUUCUUCUUGUACCUUUCAGAUCUAUGCAAAAUCUAUAUUAUUUUGCUCCAGGUGCAGCUUCCUGUCCUUUGGGAAAGAGUUUUGCCCUUGUUAGGCAAUUGAGCAUCUGGAGCUGUCUGGAGUUUGGGUUUUUUCCAGUGUUGAUCAGGCCAAAGCAGAAAUGCCACAUACCCCUCGCCAGCGCUUGCAGCCUCGAGCCCCGGUGUGGUCAGAGACGGAGACCCGGGAUUUCCUGGCCCUCUGGGGUGAAUUGCUGAUUCUCAGGUGGAUUGAGAACCGACCACCCAACAGCGACAUCUAUGAGGACCUCUCGGCCCAAAUGGUGGCCAGAGGUCACGAGCGCAACGCGUCACAGUGCAGGAACAGGGCGCGGGAUCUGAAGCGAAGUUACCGUAGAGCCAAAGAUGCUCAAGUGUGUGCCGGAGCGGAGCCGGUGUCUUGCCGCUACUUUCAAGAGCUGGAUCAAAUGUUUGGCGGCGAAAUGGACGGGGUCGCUAACCGAAGUCUGGCUAGUAUGGACGGGUCCAUCCGGGUCUUCGUGAAAGCCGAAGAUGCGGAGGACAUGGAGGCCCAAAUCUCUGAGGAAGAAGGCAACCAAAUGACCCCACCCAACACCCUCUCAAGCAUGGAUGCUGACACGGAUACUGAAACAGAACAGAACCUGGGGAUAUCACGGGAGUUGGUGGCUGGUGACCCGGAAGUGAUUGAAACCACAAUAGGGGAGGAAUGUUCGGAAGAAAAAGCUGUGUCUUUAUGUGGACAAGGGAUUGCUGGCCCCAGUGAAGAUGGACACCAUCCUAUUACAGGUAGAGGCAGGCGAGAAAAUCCCUUGGGACGUCCCCUGACGACAGCAGAGAGAAUGGCGUCCAUGCGGGAGAGGAAGAGGCGUUCCCAUGAAGAAAUGAUGCAUGAGAUCAUGACAGACUAUCGGAGGACCUGGGAGACUAUGGAGGCACUUCAUGAGAGGGGCGAGAUCAGCGCCGGAGAAUUUCGAGAGGCCAUGCUGAGGGAGAUGUUGCUAGACCGGGAGGCCCGGACACGGGAGGCACAGCUUGAUCGAGAAUCCCGGGCUCGGGAGGCCCAGCUGGACAGAGAGGCGAGGGCCAGGGACAGCCAACUGGAGAGAGAGAUUAGGAUUAAGGAGCUCAAUAUGAUUGAGGCUGAACUCCAACGCACCAGGGAUAUCCUUCAUCCCAUGGUCGAUGCUGUAGUGUCUGUGGCAGAGAUCUUACGUACAACAGGCAGAAUACCACAGCAGCCUUGCCGGCAGCAGCAAGAUAGAGAGGACACUUUUUUGGAAUUGGAGGAUAGCAAAUAAUUUCCCACCUUUUUUUUGCGGGACAAUAGUAUAUAGGUAAUUGUUAGACUGAGACAAGUGGUGUUGAGGAAGGUGGUAAAAUGUAGUUCAAAGCACUACCUUAACGGUUUUCUGUGGUUGUUGUUUCUCUCACUGAAUAAAGAGCUCAGAUGAA